CCGAUAGAAGGUGACCAACUUAUCGAUAUUAAUUUAUUAUGCCUAGAUCAACGGACCCUCUUGUUAUUGGAGGUGUAAUAGGAGAUGUUUUGGAGCCUUUCACAAGUAGCGUUUCUAUGGGGAUAGUCUAUAAUAAUUGCCCUCAAGUUAUCAACUGCUGUGAGCUCAAACCCUCCAAAAUCCUCAAUCGACCAAGAAUUGAAAUUGGUGGAGAUGACCUCAGGACCUUUUACACCCUGGUUAUGGUGGAUCCUGAUGCACCUAGCCCAGGCAAUCCAACCCAGAGAGAAUAUUUGCACUGGUUGAUAACCAAUAUUCCUGCAACUACAGGGGCAAACUUCGGAGAAGAGAUUGUCUCCUAUGAAAGUCCACGUCCAAUAGUAGGGAUUCAUCGAAUAGUUUUUGUGUUAUUUCGUCAGCUGCCUAGACUAACUCUGCAACCUCCAGGCUGGCGCCAGAAUUUCAACACUAGAGACUUUGCUGAGAUUUAUAAUCUUGAAUUACCAGUAGCGGCCAUGUACUUCAACUGUAAACGAGAAAAUGAUCAAAGCAGUGGAAGAAGAAGAUAAUAGAAAGAAAACUAUUAUUAAUAUAUAUUCCGAGUUUUUAUCAGCUCAACAUGAAAUAAUAAAUAACUUCUUUUUAUAUUUAAGUAUUUAUUAAAUAUAAAUAUAUAUUAUAUAAAAAAAUCAACACGAAUUUCAAUUAAAAAAUAAUAUUAGUAUGAAAGAGCUAAUGGCCCCUAAAGAAAAAGGUGCCUAGGGCAUCAGCAAUAAGCUUAGUAUGAAGGUCAUUUGGACAUACCUGCCAAACUGAAGAUCUUCAGACGAGCCUUUAAUUUCCCAGCAAGGUAAUCUGCAAUCUGAUUAGCUUCUCUGAAUGUGUGUUGGAACACCAGAUUCCACUCAAGCUGCAUGAAGGUUCUGAUCUUGGUAAUCAAAGGAGACACAUUCACAAAUAAUUAUGUACGUAUGAGGAAAUAAUCGAUUAAUCUACUUGUUCUUCAAACUCAUAUUUAUGAAGAGCAAAGUAAUUGAUUAAUUCUGUUGAUUUUAUAAAUAACAUCUUUGUUUUUUCA